AUGACUGUCCCCAGGCCUUCCUAUGAUCCUUCAUUAGAGGCCAAGCUAACCCAAGGGCUUUUCGACUACAGAAUGCAAUCGAAUGAAUUGAAUGGGCUGAGAGCUGCGCUAAAUCAGAGCAACACGGCAACAGUGGCUUUCUCUGGCAAGCCCAUCACGCAUGAAGAUGUGCAGGUCCCUGUUGCAGGCGGCGAGAUCAAACUCUUGAUUGCCCGUUCUGCCACCCGAAAAGCCGUCAAGACGCCGGGACCCGGGAUUUACUUUAUCCAUGGCGGAGGAUUCGUGAUGGGAAAUCGUUUCCUGGGUAUGUCUGUAGUGACAGAGUGGGUUGAGAAGUUUGAUGCUACAUGCUUUUCUGUGGAGUAUCGACUAGCACCCGAGCAUCCUUACCCGACCCCAUUGGAAGACUGCUACGCAGGGUUGAAGUGGGUGGGCAGCCGUAUGUCUGAGUUGGGGAUUGAUGAGUCCCGGCUCAUGAUAGCUGGGCAGUCUGCGGGUGGCGGUCUUGCCGCAGCCCUGGCUAUGCGUACUCGUGACCAGGGAGGUCCUCGACUAUGUGGCCAGCUGCUGAUGUGUCCCAUGCUCGACAGCCAGAACAUGUCUGUCUCUUCCAAUCAGUUUAUGAGUGAAGGAACAUGGAGUGGACUCAAUAAUCAAAUGGCCUGGGCGUCGUAUCUUGGGGAUCCAACAAAGGGCAAGGAACAGGCUCCCAUUUUGGCAUCCCCUGGCCUUGCAGCUGCGGCUGAUCUCUUGGACCUUCCAGAUGCUUUCAUCGAUGUGGGCUCUGCGGAAGUCUUUCGUGACGAAGACAUGGAGUAUGCCAGUCGAUUGUUUGAGGCGGGCGUGCAAGUUGAGUUUCACAUCUGGCCUGGGGGAUUCCACGGAUUCGACCUGUUGCUACCAGAUUCGGAGUUAUCACAAAAGGCCAUACAAACUAGGACUGCCUGGGUAAAGAAAAUGCUAUUCGAUGAGGAUAGGCGCGGUCAGCCCUAA